AUGUACUACAUUUACUUUGCCGCUCAAGCGGAAGGUUUCAACUCUCCAAACGUGCAAAGGAGAAACACCACUGCCUUCGUAGAAUCAAGCAGCGGCAAUCGAUUCUCUACCCACUCUUCUUGUACAGACUACUCCAAAAAUGACACCAAAUCUGAGAAGGAUUCAUCAAAAAGCAUCUGCUCAUACCAGCAGUCAGAGCUCAUCGAGUAUCCUUUACAUAGCGAGAAUUCGGCAGGAAAACUUUCAUUGUCAAUUAUAGGUGAAUCAGAAAAGGUAUAA